GCGCGCCCCGGCCGCCCUCGCCGAGGUGCUUCCUGCGGAGCGGAGGCAGGGGAGAAGUGCGGCCGCCUAGCCCGGCCCUUCCCGGCGCGCAGCCCCGACGGGGCCGCGGCACGACGGAGCCAUGAGAGAGUACAAAGUGGUGGUGCUGGGCUCGGGCGGCGUGGGCAAGUCCGCGCUCACCGUGCAGUUCGUGACGGGCUCCUUCAUCGAGAAGUACGACCCCACCAUCGAGGACUUCUACCGCAAGGAGAUCGAGGUGGACUCGUCGCCGUCGGUGCUGGAGAUCCUGGACACGGCGGGCACGGAGCAGUUCGCGUCCAUGCGGGACCUGUACAUCAAGAACGGCCAGGGCUUCAUCCUCGUCUACAGCCUCGUCAACCAGCAGAGCUUCCAGGACAUCAAGCCCAUGCGGGACCAGAUCAUCCGCGUGAAGCGGUACGAGCGCGUGCCCAUGAUCCUGGUGGGCAACAAGGUGGACCUGGAGGGCGAGCGCGAGGUCUCCUUCGGCGAGGGCAAGGCCCUGGCCGAGGAGUGGAGCUGCCCCUUCAUGGAGACGUCGGCCAAAAACAAAGCCUCGGUGGACGAGCUGUUCGCCGAGAUCGUGCGGCAGAUGAACUACGCGGCGCAGCCCAACGGCGACGAGGGCUGCUGCUCGGCCUGCGUGAUCCUCUGAGGCCGCGAGCCCCGCGCACAAAGCCGAGCGCACGGCGCGCUCGGCGGGAUGCCCUUCUCGCUCGGAGGUUGGAGACGACUCGGCAGCGGCCGGGGUGGCCUCCGCCCCGCGUGCGAGGGGCUGUCCCGCCCUGACCCUCCGCGACCCGGUGGGAACGUGGCGCUGUGCAGCAUGUACGUUUCUCAUUGAUUUUGGUUGACGCAUAUUUCCCCGUUGAAGCAGUCGUUGGGGCGCUGUAUUGGCAGCUUGACACCGGCAAGCGAAAGUUUCAGCCAGGAAAAAAUGCGCUGGGGAAGGAAGAGGACGGGAGAAGGUGGAGGGGACCUUUUGUGUCUGUGCGUGUGCGUGUCAACAACCGUUUUCUAGUUCCAAGCUUUCAGUACACGGAAGAAGUCCGGGAGAACCAAAUGAAGGAGCAGGAGGAGAGGAAGAAACUUGUUUUUUCAUUGUUUUCCAGGAGUAGCUGGAAAUUAAGAUCGGGUUCCUUUUCUGCCAGUUUGGAAGGGCAACCCCGUGACUGAUUGCGAUUCCGAGGAUGUCUAUGCAAAGUUGGGUUCUUGUUACAGUGUAUCCAAUCUGAAGUAUUGCACAUCUGAACUGGGACUGUUAACACUGAUGCCAAUACAGUGUGGGGUGCCAGAAAGUGUCUGCUGAUAUUUGCGGGAAAAAAAAUAUCUAUUUUGUUUACCUACUGUAUCAAAGGGGAGUCUGGGGGAGAACGGUAGUAUUUUUUUUUAUCAGCUGUGAAAAAAGUGUUACAGAUCUGCACAUUUUUGUGUGUACUAUUGUGUGUGUGUGUGUGUGUGUUUAGCUUCUUGUUCUUAUUGGUUGGCAGUAACAGAUUUUGAUGAUGAGCUCUUUAAAAUCAAGUACAAAGACUUUGCCAAUGGGAUUCAGGGCCCCAGCACCCCUGUGUCUGCAGAGUGCCUUCAAAACUCAGCUGUUCCAGCCGGUGCCAACCUGUGAACUUCCCACCAUCUCCCAGAAUCCGCUCUUCCCCAAACCACUUCCAGUUUCCUUGCAGCAAUCUUCCCGAAGGAGCCAGGACAAUAGGGCUUGUUG